AUGUUUAACCAAUUUCAUAGCUUGCUUGAGAUUGGAACUGAGCGUAGCGAGUGGUCGAUUUCUGUUAGAGUUCAAGCACUAUGGAAAAGUAUCAACCGUACCACCAACGAAUUCAGAGGAUACAAUAUGGUCUUGACAGAUGUCCAGGGUUGUCGAAUUCAUGCUUUUAUUAUGGACAAAGUAAGUGACAAGUUUGAAAGUUUAAUAGAGGAAGGUGAUGUCUACCAUAUCUCCAAUUUUAAAGUCAAAAAAUAUGAAGGCAAGGAACAGAACAGAGUUGUUAGGAAUGAGAAACACAUAUUCUUUGACUACCAAACUAAACUUAAGAAGAUGACUGAGGAGCUGUUUACAAUUCCACCUUAUGCAUUUGAUUUUUUUCCUUUGCAAGAAAUGGAGAAGAUUUUCAAUGACAACUAUUUCUUAGUUGAUGUCAUUGGGAAAUUAGAGCAAUCUGCUCUCUCAACUUAUGUUUCAAAGGAGGACAGCAAAAAAACCAAUGUCAAAUUUAAAAUCUUUGAUGGCAGUGCUCAGAUGAAUGUGACAUUCUUCAAUCUAUUUGGUGAAAGUUUUGAGAAAGCUUUGAAAGCAAUGGCAGAAGCAGAGGUUGUUAUUGUUAUAGCCUGUGCUAAAGUUAAUAAAUAUGAAGGUGAACUCUACUUGACCAACUACCCUGCAACAAGGUUCUAUCUUAAUCCUAAACAUUACAGCCUCAUAGAAUUUGAGAACAGUAUUACAAGGAAGAAGGCUGAAGAACAGUUGCUAUCUAAGAUGUUUACUAUUGCUGAGAUUAAAAACUUAACUGAUACCCACAUUCAGAAGGAUGUUCGUUGUUCUGUUAAAGUGAAAAAGGUUGAGGAACAAUAUAAUUGGUAUGAAAAUUGUUGCCCUGGUUGUGGUGAAGAGGUUAAUAAGGUGGAGGGUAGGUUUAGAUGCACAACUGAAUGUAAGAGGAAUAUACCGUGGCCAGACAAGAGGUUUCGUUUGACGACGGUUUGUUCUGAUGCUUCUGGGAUUCUAGCUAUUAUUUUCCCAGACGACGAAAUCCAACGUAUCAUUGGCAAAGAAGUAUUUGAUAUUGAGAAUGAUGAAUCACAGGUUGGUGCUGACGGUUCUACUUUCCCUCCUUUGCUAAAACAAUUUGAGAAGAGAGAUUAUAUUGUCACAAUUACCAUUUCUGCUUUGAAUAUCAACAAAACGUGCAAGGUUUACAAAGCAAAGAAGCUUGAUAAUCCUGAAGAGAACUUGGGUGAAAAUGAACCUGCAGAGUUAAAAUCUGCGGAAACAGUUGACCAUACUAUGGAAACGGUAUCCGAAACUGUUGCUGAACCCAGAACAUCCUCUCCACCAACUGAGAAGUCCUCCAACAGGCCCAGAGGCAUCAAGAACAAAAUUCCUGUUAAAUGUGGGAUCUUGGCUGAAACACCUAACACUAAGAUGAAGAAAUCCUAA